UGGGCAUCGUCCUGACAAGCGGCUGUGCCACAUCCCGCCACUGCCAACAGGAGGAGCUGCCCGGAGUUAAUAUCCACUGCUGUGAUACAGACUUGUGUAACAGUUCCCCUUACUGGCGAGCUGGCAUACUACAUUUCAUCAGCACUCUGGUUGGCACGUUGUUGAUCAUGCAACUGUGAGGAAAAAUGGCAGAAUUGUUUAGACUUUGAACUGACCAAUGGGAAUUCAGUGGAGUGCCGCUUACCAGUCUACUGGGCACCAGUCUGUUGGUGUGUACUGUGGUAAAUGGAAAAGGGAAACAGUGAAUACAGUGAACUGGAUCAGGAACACUUGGAUAAUAUCAGAGGCAGAAUGGCCACUGCACCGUACAACUACUCGUACAUUUUUAAGUACAUCAUCAUCGGAGACAUGGGGGUCGGGAAGUCGUGCUUGCUUCAUCAGUUCACAGAAAAGAAAUUCAUGGCAGACUGCCCCCACACAAUAGGCGUAGAGUUCGGGACCAGGAUAAUCGAGGUGAGCGGACAGAAGAUCAAGCUGCAGAUCUGGGACACGGCAGGGCAGGAGCGGUUCAGGGCCGUAACACGCAGCUACUACAGGGGAGCCGCCGGGGCGCUCAUGGUGUACGACAUCACCAGGAGAAGCACAUACAACCACCUCAGCAGCUGGCUUACAGACGCCCGGAACCUCACCAAUCCCAAUACCGUAAUCAUUCUCAUAGGAAACAAAGCAGAUCUAGAAGCCCAGCGGGAUGUGACGUACGAAGAGGCCAAGCAGUUUGCUGAGGAAAACGGAUUGUUGUUCCUGGAGGCCAGUGCAAAAACAGGCGAGAACGUAGAGGACGCUUUCCUGGAGGCAGCGAAAAAGAUCUACCAGAACAUUCAGGACGGCAGCCUGGACCUGAACGCGGCCGAGUCGGGUGUCCAGCACAAGCCCUCGGCUCCUCAGGGCGGCCGGCUAACCAGCGAAUCUCAGCCUCAGAAGGAAGGAUGUGGUUGCUAAUGACCAACACUACUAAAACCUGCUCAGCCUUCUCAUCCCCUCUCAUCCCUUCUUCCGUCUGACCACUCCACCCGGCUCCGGCCUCCGGAACGCUAACAGGGGCCCCCCCAGUACAGACGAAAGGAGGCAACUACAGACAGGCUUGACUGUGUCGUCAUCCUCUUUCUCUUUCUUUCUGUCCUGUCUUUUGUUCUUUUCUAUAUUAGUCUUCACACGCAGUCACGCUCUGUCCGUUCCUGCACUGUCCACUGGCUCAGGAUCAUGUGGUACAGACCUGCAGUGGACCAGGUAUAUUUGAGUGAGUAUCCGAGAGACAGCAGGAGGUUUUUCUUAAGUUUUCCUAAUUUGUUUGGUAGCGCACCAAGCAAUAUCUUAAUAAUUCUUGAGAUUUUGAGAAUGCAUAGGAAGUAUCUGUUCACAAAUUCCAUCACCGAUUCCUUCCGCUCUUGUAUGGUGUAAGUGAUGCUUAACCUUUAUUAUUUAUAAAGUUUAAACAAAAACAUUGAUUUUACUGGGAUCAACGCUCAGCAGUGGAUGACUGACAUAAUUAUAUACACUUACAUAUACAUAAAGUUUUGCACAGCUGUAUGGCUGCAUACCCAGGGAGUGCGGGUGCUAGACUGGCCUGACUGCAGUCCAUUUAAAAAAAAUAAAAUUAUGUGGUGCAUUACAAAGAAUAAAUUACAACAACAAAAACUCGUACAGUUGCUCAGCAAAAGCCUUGUAAUUGAAAUAAGAAUCUAGUUGUUUAAACCCUGAAAGGCUAACUAUUUAUAUUUAUAGAAAUUGGGGGUAGACGUUUGCUUAGCUCACCUUUCAAACAAAUACAGUACGCACCUGGUCACUGCUUGGAAAUGCACCCAAAUUAUUGAAUUUAGGUGUUUCUGCCAUACCUAUUGCUAACAGGUGUAUAAAACUAAUAAUAAAGCAUAAAUAACAUGUUCUCCUUUGUGGUAACAGUUUGAGAAAGGCCCUUACUUCUUUCAGAAUGACAAUACCCUUGACAACAUCCAUAUAGACAUGGUUUGAUUUGUUUGGUGUGGGCUGGCUAAACGGAGUCAUUUACAUUAGCAGACUUACAGUACACAGUCUGAGCAACUGAGGGUUAAGGGCCUUGCUCAAGGGCCCAUGAGCAGCAACCUGGCAGUGGUAGAGCUUGAACCAGCGACCUUCUGAUUACUAGUCCAGUAUCUUAAUCAUUAUGCUAGGGCUUGCCCCUGAGCCUAAUGAACUAAAAAGGCACAAAUUCCAACACAAACACUCCAGUACCUUAUGGAAAGCCUUCUUAACCUUAUAUUAAUGUCUACGGUUUUAAAAAGGUGUGAACAUAUCAGGUGUCCACACACUUUUGGCCAUAUAGUGUAACUACGCUGUAUAUGGUCGUCUCUGGUCGAAAUAACCGAUUUGGGAAUAACCCAAGUUCUUAGUACAAUGGAACAGAAAAUGAUACUUUACAUGGUUUCACCUCCUCUUACGCAGCUCUCAGCCACAGUGGUGGCUGGUUUGCACCUUAUUUCACGUUUAAUCAGCUGGUCUGGUCCACCAACUGGUCGGAAUGGGGAAAAACUCCAUCCCCCGCGACUUUCCAUAUCGAGUAGAACGCCGUCUGUCCUUACUAUUUAUUUAUCAGGAUUUUAACGUAACGUCAAACAGUCAUGGACAGUUUUGUAUCUCUAAUUAACCCGACUGUGGAAGGAAACCGGAGCUCCCGGAGGAAACCUACGUAGACACGGGGAGAACAUGCAAAGGACCUAGACCGCUCCAUCUGGGAAUUUAACCCAGGUGAGGCAACCACCUCCUUGUUUCUACACUCACUGUCCAUUUUAUCAGCACUUUGUAGUUCUACAAUUACUGACUGUAGUCUAUUUGUUUCUCUACAUGCUUUGUUUGCCCCCUUUCAUGCUGUUCUUUAAUUGUCAGGACCCCCACAGGACCACUACAAAGUAGGUGUUAUUUGGGUGGUGGAUGAUUCUCAGCACUGCAGUGUGUGUUGUGCUGGUAUGAGUGGAUAAGACACAGCAGCACUGUCACUGUGUGACUGCUGGACUGAGAAUAGUCCACCAACCAAAAACAUCCAGCCAACAACGCCCCGUGGGCAGCGUCCUGUGACCACUGAUGAAGGUCUAGAAGAUGACCAACUCAAACAACAGCAAUAGAUGAGCAAUAAUGGACAGUGAGUGUAGAAACAAGGAGGUGGUUUUAAUGUUAUGGCUGAUCAGUGUAUAAUGUUAAUCAUACUACUAUCACUGGUGAUUCUUACUUUGCUGCACUCCUGUUUCACCUACUGCACACUAGACUACUUUGCAGUAUUUCAUGAUUUUUUUACAUGCUAGAUGUGCUGGUGUCUGCAGUAAAUCUGACUGGCUGCUGUUAUAUAGGCUUGUAAAAUAGCACCGCAAAGCACAAACCCCUUUAACGCAGUUUUCUUUUUAGCAUUAGGGUGAGGAAUUAACCUUAUUUCAUUCAUUUCCACACAAAAAGCUUAUUAAGCAGCUGUAUAUACACAGUCCAGGCAUAACAUUAUGACCACCUUCCUAAUAUUGUGUUGAUCCCCCUUUUGCUGCCAAAGCAGCCCUGCAACUGUGAUGCACUGUGUAUUCUGACACCUUUCUAUCAGAACCAGCAUUAACUUCUUCAGCAAUUCGAGCUACAGUAGCUCAUCUGUUGGAUCCCCACGUGCAUCAAUGAUCCUUGGCCGCCCAUGACCCUGUCGCCGGUUUACCACUGUUCCUUCCUUGGACCACUUUUGAUAGAUACUGACCACUGCAGACCGGGAACACCCCACAAGGGCUGCAGUUUUGGAGAUGCUCCGACCCAGUCGUCUAUUUUUUUGUUUUUAAAAAAAAUGCAUUUUCUCCCCCUUUAGCGCGUCCAAUUGCAUCGUGCUUCCUCUCCGCCUAUGCCGAUCCCCGCUCUGACCAAGGAGAUCGAAGCUAACCCACGCCCCCUCCAACACGUGGGCAGCAAGCCGUAUGCAUCCCAUCACCCACACAUUGACGAGUGUUGUGCCACCUAGCGUUGUGUACGGAGGGACACACCCUAAGAGCACUCCUUCCUCAUCUCCGUGUAGGCGCCUCUAAUCAACCAGCAGAGGUCGUAAUUGCACCGGACCCAUAUCCGGCUUGGACCCAUAUCCGGCUUAGUCCCGCCCAUCUGAACAACAGGCCAAACGUUGUUCAUGUGGCCGCUCAGCCUCAGACGGCAGGGCAGAGCUGAGAUUCGACACAAUGUAUCGCGCCACCUGAGCGUCCCCAUUGUUCCUGCUUCUAACACAUCAACUUUGAGGAUAAAAUGUUCACUUGCUGUCUAAUAUAUCCCACCCACUAACAGGUGCCUUGAUGAAGAGAUAAUCAGUGUUAUUCACUUCACCUGUCUGUGGUCAUAAUGUUAUGCCUAUUUGGUGUAUAUGCGGCCAUGUAUUCGUUAGGGGCGCUAAACAUCUGCACGCUUUCCUUUGUACAGUCGUUUCACGACUAGAGUUCUUUUAUAUUUUCUAUGACUGAACAUUCACUCUGAUACGCUCGUCGCUCGCAGGAUGUUCAGCAGUAACACCACUGUACACGUACGGUUAAAAAGUCACGGUUCAGAUUCCAGACCGACGCUUGCUCUGUCCGAAUAACUAUCCAAACGACUUCUGGCUCUCUGUAAUCACUCUGUAAUGACUUUACAGCGUGUGUAUAAAAUUUCUAUUGUAUAUGCUUACCUUUUGAAAGAGCCGUGCUAACAUUCUAAACAACUGUCUUGCGUGUACGAUUAAUGUUGACAUUUCGAUUUUAAUGAUAAUAAAAACGUUUAAAAGAAA